AUGGAUCAAGCAAAUGUUACCGGUAUUGAGACGGGCAACCUGACGGUCGUGGAAGAUCAAGAAUGGUUGCCAGAUUGGGUGUACAAACUGCGGACAUCAAUUUUGCUCCUUAUUGUCAUCAUGGCUGUACUUGGAAACAUGCUGGUGAUCGUCAGUGUUAUGCGGCACAGAAAACUUCGUGUCAUAACAAACUACUUUGUAGUAUCCUUAGCGUUUGCUGAUAUUCUUGUUGCUGUCGUGGUGAUGUCUUUUAACUUCAGCGUCCAAUAUUACAAUGAAUGGAUAUUUGGUCCCGUCAUAUGUGACUUGUGGAACUCCUCUGACGUCUAUUUCACUUCAACCUCGAUAUUGCAUCUCUGCUGCAUAUCAGUUGACAGAUAUUACGCUAUCGUCAAGCCUUUAAAAUAUCCUAUAAAAAUGACAAAAAAGAUGGCUUUUGUGAUGUUAGCUGCGACGUGGCUGAGCCCCAUAACAAUAUCGUAUGCCCCGAUUUUCAUGGGAUGGUAUACAACGAGUGAAUACUUGAAAACCAGAGUAUUAAAUCAGUGCGAGUUCAAAGUAAACAAACCUUAUGCAGUUAUAUCUAGUUCAAUAUCGUUCUGGAUACCUUGCACCAUAAUGGUAUUUACUUAUCUAGCGAUCUUCAAAGAAGCUAACCGACAAGAGAAGGCGUUGCACGCGAGAGCCGGAAACGCUAUGUUGAUGCACCGGCAUUCAAGAGACGUGGGUGAUAAAAACGGUUUACAUAUUAACGCCAAUACUCCAACCAAAGAUAGGAAUAUAUUAAAAAUGAAACGUGAACACAAAGCUGCUAGGACUUUAGGUAUCAUUAUGGGCGCUUUUAUUCUCUGCUGGCUGCCGUUUUUCCUGUUCUACUUAUCAACGUCUUUGUGUGAUUCGUGUACGUAUCCAGAAUUUGUGACUGUUCUCAUGUUUUGGACUGGAUAUUUCAACUCGGCUUUGAAUCCGAUAAUAUACGCGUACUUCAAUAGAGAUUUUCGUAAUGCCUUUAAGAAUACAUUGGCAUGUGCAUUCUGUAGUUUUUGUCGACGGAAUCCUAUGGAUUCUGAAGCUACGGAAAGAUUGGAAAGGAGAAGUUCAGCUCAACUUCGAGUUCCACUUCCAUCAAGACGCGCAUCUGAUCUAGCGUCGCUUUGA